AUAUUGGCAGCAAAUACCCACUAGGACGAGACCAGCUCUAGAUCUAGUACUGUAUCAUAGAUCUAGAUCUAAAUUUUAAAAAAUCACAUUCCUUUAUUCUGAACUGUUGAUAACCAAAAUUAGAGCCUGCUGGUAUGGAGUUUGGAGCCGCCUACAUUCUUGUGGAGGAAGAAGAGGAUUCUACAGAGGAUGAGGACUCUGAUGAUGAUACACGCAUGUUCUUCGCUGCCAUGGACACACAGGAAGUCCACAAUGAUGAAACUUCUGGCUUUGAAUGUGAAAUCAUGGAAUUUGAAGAUGAACCAGUAGAAGAAGAUGAAGCUGAUCCAAAAGAUGGUAAAAUUAACGUCAACAAGAUUAACAUCAAGAUGGCCAAGUUGCUGGAGCCAGCAGACGCUCACGUUGUCAACACAGAUUUGGUCUACUGCAAAAACAAAGAGUGUGAAGCCCUUGUCUCACACAUUGAUGAGAGGAAGGAUGAAAAUAAAAUUUUUUUCUGGGAAUGUAAAUUCUGUGGCAAGACAAAGAAUGAAGUGACACAGCAGCAGGUGAUCAAGGGCAAUGAUAUCCUUUAUGUGGAGGGACCAGAGAAAAUUCCAGACCUGACCAGAGAGGCAGAGGUCAUCAAGGUCAUUCUGCUAGUGGACAUUUCAGCCAGCAUGAGUCAAAGGAUGAAGGCCAAGAAUACCAAAGACAAAAUUCUGCUCAAAGUUUUGAAUCAAGAAAAGCCAUUUGAAGAUCACAUUGAGACUGUAGAAAUAACUUGGCUCCAGGCUGUCAAAAUUGCUGUCAUUAAACAAAUUGAAAAACUGAAAACAGAAAAGCCAAAAUGGCAAGUUGGUCUGGUGACAUUCAAUGACAAAGUGACAAUUUACUCUGAUGGGAGUGGACCAUCAAAGUUAAAAGAAUUUUCCGGAGCAGAACUGGAAAAUGGCAAAGAACUGCAAACCAAGGGAGAAGAGUUCAGGAGCCUUAAAUCUAUUUCAGAAUCUGCUGAUGACCUUGUGAAAAUUGUUCUAGAGCUGAAGGAGCAGGGCCGUACAGCCAUGGGACCUGCCCUGAUGCUGGCCACUGGCAUGGGUGGUGACGUCAAGGGGUCAAAGAUCAUCAUCUGUACUGAUGGCGCCACCAAUGUGGGCUGUGGGAGGCUGGAGGACACAACCACAGAUAUCAUUGAGAUCUUUUAUAAAGAAGCCAAGAAGGAGUGUAAAGAGUUGGGCCUAUCCACAUCCGUAAUGUCCAUUGACAGCUGUCAGCUGGAUACCCUACAGCCAUUGUGCCAUGAGACAGGAGGAACAAUUGCCUUCAUCAAACCAGACAAACUUGAUGAGCCAAUAUCAGAAGAGCUCAACCAAGCCACCAUUGCCACUGAUGUUGAAAUUACUUAUGUGGUGCACAGUGACAUGUUUGUCAAGCAGGUGGGGGAGAGAACAAAAGCUAGCAAGUAUUUCUAUAAAGUGGGUAACAUACACAAGAACAGCUCUUUGGUAUUUACACUUGGUAAAAGAAAGAAGGAAGAAAAUAAGACACAGGCAAACCCAGGGACCCAACAAAUAAAUUCUGGAACUUCUAACCAGCAAACAAAUACAGCACCCAAUGACAACAAACCAAACGCUCCAGCUUCUAAAGGACAAGGGGAACAAUCCCCAGGAAUUCCAGAUAGAGAUAAAAAACCCUCCAAUGUUGACAACAAUGUCCAGCCUCCAGUCAUGCCACCAGCUCCCACAACAAAUGGGGAUCAUUCAAUCAGCUCUCAGCCAGACAACAAGGAGUACCCACUGCAAGUUCAGAUCACCUACACAGACAUGAGAGGCUGCCGGGGUGAAAGAGUUUGGACAAGUCUUAGAAAAGUGACAACAAGCAGAGAAGUGGCUCUUAAAUCAUCUGACCCAGAAGUGAUGGUUAAAACAAAUCUGACAGAUUUCUCUAAGCAGUUGAUUGAAGCCAGCAACAAGAGGUCAAAAGAUUUACGAGAAACUAAAAAAAAGAUAAAGAAUUCUGUCAAAGACUUGGUUAAACUGUUUUCUAAGGACCAAAGACUAGCAGACUUUGAUAACAUUUUAAAUAAGAUUGGUGAUGACAAAUUAGAUGACGCAAUAGUGACACAGUUACACAACUUUAUUAAAUCUUCUUAAAGAUCACGUGCAACGUGCUUGUUUGCAAAGGUGGGUGUCCAUGCAGUAUCUUUGUGGAAGCACAGCGUCACAUUUUAAAGUUACACCAAUGAAUUUUUCUUUCUUAUAAGUUUAGAUGGUCAUUAUUCUACUCUUACAUUUUGCUUUUCAUUAUUAUUGUUCAUAUUUGUUUCUGAUAUUGAAUGAUUUUACACUGAUCAAAUCUUAUAAAAAAAUGUGUAGAUAGCUUAGAGUAACCAGUCUGUUAGGUCAACGUGCCUCGUGACUAACCCAACAAAAUUUUGUUAACUGUUGAUUGUUAAUUUUUAAACAUUUUCAUAAUUUUAACUUUAUGUUACAUUCAUACCACUGAUUGAAAGAAAUGUGUUGACCAAAUACAUUAUGUGUACCCCUAAUGUCUGUAAGCACCAUGUAACUAUAUUGCCUUUUCAUUUUAUUAGUCUGUUUCAAUCAGUUGUAGCUGUUAUGAUUGUAACCUAGUACACAGCUUUACUUAGUCUCCUGUUGUUUGAUGUCUCUGGUAGCUACAAGCCAGGUUGUCCAUCAGAAGAAAAUAAACUACAUUUAUGAAAGUUCAAUUCCUGGAGCUUGGAUAUUUUAAAAUAUUGACCACUAACAAAACAUGACUGUGUAGUCUGGCACGUCAACUUCCUAUUUGAAAAACUUGAGAUACAUUGUACACACAGGCAGAUUUUUUGUUAGGUCAGGAGAAAUUAAAUUU